CAAGAAUACAACAGUCUCCUUAGACAGAGGAGCAACACACAAUGGAUCCCAAAGGUCGGCACCUGAAACUAAAUGAUGGUCACUUCAUUCCUGUUCUGGGAUUUGGCACCUAUGCAGCUGAAGAGGUUCCUAAGAGCAAAACUGUGGAGGACACUAAAUUGGCUAUAGAUGCUGGGUUCCGCCAUAUUGAUUGUGCUCAUGCAUACGGUAAUGAAAAUGAGAUUGGACUGGCUAUCCAAAGCAAAAUUCAAGAUGGCACUGUGAAGAGAAGAGACAUAUUCUGCAAUUCAAAGCUUUGGGUCACUUGCCUUCAACCAGACUUGGUCCGACCAGCCUUGGAAAAGACUCUGAAGAAUCUUCACCUGGACUAUGUUGAUCUCUAUAUUAUUCAUUAUCCAACAGCUCUGAAGCCAGGGGAAGAACUUUAUCCAGAAGAUGAAAAAGGAAAAGCAAUAUUUGACACAGUGGAUUUCUGUGCCACGUGGGAGGCCAUGGAGAAAUGUAAGGAUGCAGGAUUGACAAAGUCCAUCGGGGUGUCCAACUUUAACCGUAGGCAGCUGGAGAAGAUCCUAAACAAGCCAGGGCUCAAGUACAAGCCCGUCUGCAACCAGGUGGAAUGUCAUCCUUAUCUCAACCAGAGGAAGCUGUUGGAUUUCUGCAAAUCGAAAGAUAUUGUCCUAGUUGCCUAUGGUGCUUUGGGAACACAACGUCCAAAACAAUGGGUGGACCAGAGCUCCCCGGUUCUCUUGGAAGAUCCAGUCCUUUGUGCCAUGGCAAAAAAGUAUGAGCGAACUCCAGCACUGAUUGCCCUUCGCUACCAGCUACAGCGUGGAGUUGUGGCCCUGGCCAAGUGUAUCAAUGAGAAGCAGAUGAAGGAGAACAUGCAGGUUUUUGAAUUCCAGUUGACUUCAGAGGACAUGAAAGCCAUAGAUGGCCUAAACCGAAAUCUUCGAUAUCUUCCUUUUCACAUUGCUGUUGGCCACCCUGAGUAUCCAUUUUCUGAUGAAUAUUAGCAUGGAGGCCUUUGUCCUGACUUCUCCCAGAAGCACUGCAUGUGGAUAGUGAGGUGUGAAACCUCUCAGACGUUGGUGAUUGGACGCUUCAGCAAAGGUUCUAUCCACGCUGCUUCACAACUCGUGCUCAGCCAGACUUAAGUCCCUCAGUCAGGAAUUAAAGGCACCCCAUUUUUGUCUCUUUCUGUAAAAAUUAAAGAUU